CUUGCUUCAGGAUCUUGUCUUGGGAAGAAAGAAAGGAUUCGUGUUCUUGAUUCAAACGGGCAAGUAGAAAAUCAGCGAAGAACGGUGAUCGGAACAUCAUCAUGAGUCGUGGAAGUGGAGGUGGAUAUGAUCGUCACAUUACUAUAUUUUCGCCCGAAGGUCGUCUCUUUCAAGUCGAAUAUGCAUUUAAAGCUGUUAAAGCAGCUGGGGUCACCUCAAUUGGCGUCCGAGGCAAGGACUCCGUCUGUGUUGUGACCCAGAAGAAAGUGCCGGACAAGCUUCUGGAUCCAACCAGCGUUACGCAUCUUUUCCCAGUCACCAAGUUUCUUGGAUUGUUGGCUACUGGAACUACAGCUGAUGCAAGGACCUUGGUUCAACAAGCAAGGAAUGAAGCAGCCGAGUUUCGUUUUAAAUAUGGAUAUGAGAUGCCCGUUGAUGUAUUGGCUAGAUGGAUUGCAGACAAGUCCCAAGUCUACACUCAACAUGCUUACAUGAGACCACUUGGAGUAGUCGCUAUGGUUUUGGGUAUUGAUGAUGAGAACGGACCUCGACUCUUCAAAUGUGAUCCAGCAGGCCACUUCUUUGGUCAUAAGGCAACAAGUGCUGGGUUGAAAGAGCAAGAGGCCAUUAACUUCCUCGAGAAGAAAAUGAAAAAUGAUCCUGAAUUUUCUUACGAGGAGACUGUACAGACUGCGAUUUCUGCUUUGCAAUCUGUUCUACAAGAAGAUUUCAAGGCCAAUGAGAUUGAGGUUGGAGUUGUGCGAAAGGAGAAUCCAGUCUUUCAUGUGCUAUCGACCGAGGAAAUUGAUGAGCACUUGACCGCCGUCAGCGAGCGUGACUAGAUACUGAGCUGAGGUUGGGACUGUUUCCAUGGUGGUGUAUCUCUGCUGAGUGCAUUAGGAAGAAUGUUCACAACUUUAUUGUUCUCGAGUCACCAGCUGUUUCCCAAGUGAAUUAUUCGUAUUUGAAUUGGUGAUGUAGUUUAUUUUCCUUUAAAUGUGCCGAAUUUAUGCUGUAUGGUGACUUAUUUUGAUGAAAAUAGCAAGAACAGUCUCACUAUCUAAUAACCAUACAAUUUUCACUAAAA